AUGGACGGGCCCGUAGAGGAUCCCUUCCUCCUCCUUUCGCCGGAGCUCGUCCAGGAGGUCCUCCUCCGCCUUCCGCCGGAGGAGCCCGCCUGGCUCGUCCGCGCCUCCGCCGUCCGCAAGCCCUGGCGCCGCAUCCUCGCCAACGACGGCUUUCGCGGCCGCUACCGCGAGUUCCACGGAGCACCUCCGGUCCUCGGGAUCGUCCAAGAGGACGCCAGCUUCCUCCCCAUAUCGGCGCUCCCUGCCCAUCCUGUGCGCCCCCGCUGGGCUAAAGUGAAGGCCCUGGACUGCCGCCACGGCCGCUACCUAUUCGAGUCCUACAGCAGGUACUUCGGGGAAGGGGAGCCCGUUUACAUAACCAUCGCGGACCCUCUGACGGGCCACGAGCUCCGCCUGCGCACACCGGUGGACGACGGCGUGCUCUGGUUCAGCGCGGCGGUGCUCUGCGCCGCACAAGGCUGCGACCACCACGGUUGCCAGGGAGGGCAUUUCCGUGUGGUCAUCCUGACCACCAAUCAUCAGAAGAAAGUCACAUCGGGAUGGAUGUACUCGUCGGAGACUCGUGUGUGGAGCGACCUCACCUCAGCUCAUCACCCCAAUAUCACCAAGUAUACCUUUAACCGUGGUUCGCCAAGCGUCCUUGUGGGUGAUGCACUCUACUUUGACUUGGAUGGCAUUAUCGAGUGCCAACUUGGUACUCUAAACUUGUCAAUGUUUGAGAGGCCGACCGAUGCCAAAGGGCGUCUUAUGACGGUGGAAGACGGUGGGCUGGGAUUCGCUGCCGUGGUUGAUGUUACAAAUCUAGCCAUUUGGUCAAUGCAGACCGGACCAGAGGGAGCCAUGGGAUGGGGAAAACUCAGGGUAAUCGAUCUUACGACGCUGCUCCCUGACACGGCCCUUUGCAUCCCAGCACCUGAAGAUGGAAUUAGUGGCAUCGCCGAAGGCACCCAAAUCAUUUUUGUGAGCAUGUGUGAUCGUAAUGGUACUUAUAUGGUCGAUCUCAAGUCAAGGCGAGUUAGGAAGGUAUCUGAUCCUGGCAGAAAAGUCUUUCCCUACAUGAGAUUCUACAUCCCAGCAAUGGAAGCAGCUUCUAUGGGCCAGGGGCAGUGAGCUGGUGCUUUAGUGUUUGUCAAGCUCUACUUGCUGGAGCAAGUUGGUGGAGGUGGAAGUAGUGAUGUUUUGCACAAGUAUGGCUCUGCAUCUGUGAGGUUACUGCUGGUGUUACUUUUGGGUUCUGGAACUUCGUUAGCAAGUUGUUGCUUCCCUGCUUGCAGUUUGUAAAGAUCUUUUCAGUCAUUUUGUGAUCUUGUGA